AGCUGCGUACCCAACGCGAUAAACUAAAGGCCCAGCUGAGCGAAUUGCAGGCUCGCGUUCAGUCCGUAGCUGACCAGGUGCAGAAUGCUCGCACUGAACACGCUCGCGCCGUGAAGGCAAAGCAGGCUGCACAGGCCGAACUCAAUGGACGCAGUUCUGGCUACGCCAACUCCAUUUACGCUAAUCCUUACCUACACUGCGAUACCAGCGGUGGGGGUAAGGCUUGCUACCAAACCACGCCUCGUAGCGGUGGACCUCGACCGCGAGGCCGCAGGCCUGGUCGACCUGGCCGGCCUCCUAGACGUUCCACCAGGGUGCGCGAUCCGGAGUCAGAGAGCAAAAGUUCUACUGAUACCGAUAGUGGUGGUGCUGGUGCCCGCGAUGAUAAUGGACCCUCAUCUCCGGCUGGCAGCAAUACAGAAAACAGUCACGGUCUUCGUCGCAGCGCACGGGCCCAAAAAGCUCCGCGUCUGGACCCCGACUUUGUGGUCGACUUUGACGAUGAAGACGAGGAAGAAGAGGAGGAGGAACAGGAAGUGGAUGAAGUCGAAGAAGAUGACGAUGCCGGCGCUGGUGGUGGCGGU